GUCCUAACCCAGGCUUUUAUGUCAAUCACAAAAAUCAUCAAAACACAAAUUCCUUAAGUGAUGCUGAUGGACUGCUUUUAGAAAUUACAGCUUUAGUUUUUUCUUACCUAACACCUGCCACACUUUUGUCUAGUCUCUGUGCCACUGUGUUGAAAAUCCUGCCUCCCUCAUUCACCUGGUCCCUGCAGGUGACCGGUUUCCUUGCAUCUGUGGCGGCUGCACGUGCACUUUGGUACACACUUGUCUGCUUACAGGCCUGUCUCCCCACUUUACCUGUGGGACUUACCUUUACCUCUCGUCACAUCUUUCUUGGAGGUCCAUGAAGAGCCCGCCUCUUAGCCAUCGUACAUGUUGUUCCCUUUACCCAGAAUGCCUUUUGUCCAGCAACUUUAAUAAAUCACCUCAGCUCCAGGAAUAACCUGAAGCCUUUCUUCCUCCCCACUUUUCCAUGUUAUAGCUAGGGCAUUUGUGUUGUUCUGUGUUUGCGGUUUUGUUUUUGUUUUCUCUUAAUUCUUAAUGUCUAAAGCAGGAAGCCUGGUAUGUAACAAGCACUGAGUGACCCCCCCACUAAUGGAGACUCCAAGUUAAGGCCCAUGUUGAGCCCCAAGGGACCCCUGCAGUGCCCCAGCCUCCGCACAGCCCUGAGCCUGCCCAUGUGCACGCUGCAUAACUGGCCAGGUCCCUCCCUCAGCCCCUCCCUGUGCCCCUUAGGUCUUUCUCAGAGACCAUGAGCUCCCUGGCCCCCGGGAAGCCGUGGCGGACCAAGCUGAGCAGUGCGGGACUCAUCUAUCUACACUUCGGGCACAAGCUGCUGGCCCAGUUGCUGGGCACUAGUGAAGAGGACAGCGUAGUGGGCACCCUCUAUGACAAGAUGUACGAGAACUUCGUGGAGGAAGUGGACGCAGUGGACAACGGCAUCUCCCAGUGGGAGGAGGGAGAGCCUCGGUACGCGCUGACCACCACCUUGAGCGCCCGAGUGGCCCGGCUAAACCCCGCCUGGAACCAGCCGGACCAGGACCCCGAGGCCAAGUUCAAGUGUGCGAUGGACCUGGUUCAAGAGGAGUUUCUGCAGAGACUGGACUUCUACCAGCACAGCUGGCUGCCAGCCCAGGACCUGGUGCAGGAGGCCCUGGCGCAGCGCUUCCAGGUCGACGCGAGUGGGGAGAUCGUGGAGCUGGCAAAGGGCGAGUGCCCCUGGAAGGAGCACCUCUACCACCUGGAAUCCAAGCUGUCGCCCCCAGUCGCCAUUGCCUUUGUUGUCUACAGCGACCAGGCCGGACAGUGGCGAGUGCAGUGUGUGCCCAAGGAGCCCCACUCAUUCCAGAGCCGGCUGCCCCUGCCAGAGCCGUGGCGAGGCCUUCGGGAUGAAGCGCUGGACCAGGUCAGUGGGAUUCCUGGCUGUGUCUUUGUCCAUGCCAGCGGCUUUAUUGGUGGGCACCACACCCGAGAGGGUGCCCUGAGCAUGGCCCGAGCCACCUUGGCCCAGCGCCCAGGCCCUCCACACGUCUCCUAAGCCAAUAAAACUCACACUGACAA